CGCUAAAUAUUACUAAUUAGAGGGACUCCGGACUGAUCAAAAGCAUGAGAACGGUGUUCUACAUUUAUUGGAAGGACUUAUGGCUGAUUCUGUAAUCUGAUUGGCUCAAAGCUAAUUGCAUGACCUGCCAAUAUCAUGAGGAGAGUAUAUAUGAAUGGAGUGGGGUGAUAUGGUGCUAUCAGAGGGAAAACAGUGAGGGAUAAAGUUUCUACUGAAAAACUAGAACAAACUGGUAACGCACCGGCUCGAACCAGACCAACACCUGUCCUGAAAGAUACUUAAAAGCAAGAUGAACAAUAAGAUCGUAGUUGUACUAGUAGUAGUGUUAUUGGCGGUGUCCCUCACAGAGGCGCGGCGAAGGAAGAACAAGGCCAACAGGAACCCAGACAGAUGUAUAUAUAAAAGAGACAAAAGUGCAGGGAAACCUGAGUGCAUAAAGGGCAGCAUGAAUUUCACCAUGAAGCUUAAAUCUGGAGCAGCAAACUGCACGGAGACCAUGACAAAGGUCAAAAAUUGUAGAAACAAGGAUUGCAAAUAUAAAGUUGUCAGCAUGGAGUGCAACCAGGUGACGAAUAAAAUGGUGAAAACCAUGCAACUGAAAGAGGGAGGGGACGAGACCAAGUGUGAGAAAACCAUCACUGUAGAAAAGAGGCGAUGCAAGAAUAAUGCUGACAAAGCCGCAAAAAAGGCAGCCCGUAAGGAGAAGAACAAGGCCCGUAAGGCUGCCCGGAAAGCUGCCCGAAAGUCCGCCAAAGGGGCACGAAGAGCCAGGAAGCACAACAAAGGAAUGAAAGAAGGUAGCGCUGCUACGCUCCAAGAGCCAACAGCUUGAUCACCUCGGUGUUCAGUGCUCAUUGGUUCUCGAGAACAAAUGUGACUCAAUGGCACCAUUGAAUGUAGUACUUAACAGUUUCUCUCCUCUCCUAUACUGCCCAUUCAGAUCGAGUGUUACUUUCACUCGAACAUGAGAUUCUACCUUUUGAUUGCUUUUAACUUUCGAGGUCAGCUAUGGCUUCAUUGAUACUUACAGAUCCAACCCUGCUGAGGGGUAACUGCAGCUUCUGCACCCUGCUGAGGGGUAACUGCAGCUUCUGCAUGCAAUUUCAAUUAUUACACAAUACAAGCAAUUAAAGAGUUGAAUUGCUGAAAAAAGAAAAAAAUGUGGAUCUACAGUUUUUAUAAAAAGAAAUAUGCUAAAAAAUUAUUUAAAUUUUUGUUUUAUAAAUAUUUUUCCCCCCAUAAAGGAAUAUAUUGAUACGGUUUUGCUAUUGCUAGGGAAAUGCAAGCACCUGACUAAGCAUUAGGUAUUAGUGAACUCUCUGUUUAUGCUGUAAAUGAGGAUAUAUUGUUCAUUUGAAGUGUUUGGUCUUAUUCUCGGCAUAAUUUAUCUUAUUCAUCCCAUUCACAAACAUACUAUGUCCCACUUAAGCAUGAAUUGUACAUGUAUUUCUAUAUUGUAGUAUCAAUGUACAUGCAUGUAUGUUACCUGUAGCUUUUUAUAUUGCAGAACAUGACCAAUGUUUGUAAAAUGGAGUAUAUUUAUCAUUUUGUUUUAAUUGUUGUUGAAAUGUUAAUUUUCAAUUUUUCCGAGAUUUUUUUUUUUUUAAAGAAAAAAGAUUGUAGAGAAAAAUGUUAGUGGGCCAACCUAUGAACUGUUGGUUUGUGGUAUGUGAAGUGACCACCCUGUUUUUUGUUGUUUUUCUUUUGUUGAAAUGAUAGAAUCUAAAAGUAAAUUUCCUUACAAGAUAAAGAAAAUGAAGGUUGGUCAAGAUUUUUGUAAAGAAAUCCAUGAUAACUUCAUGAAAUUGCAAUUUCUGUAUACAUGUGUUGUGAUUACAAACCAACAAUUUCUAAGGUCUGCCAAUGAUUUCUUUGUUGGCUGGUGAUUAGUGGCUUUUUACUGAUUUUAGUUUGACCUGAAGAUGUUAAUUUUUUCCCCAUUUGUAUGUCAUAUAGGAAGCUUUUGAAAUGAUGAUUUUUAUGAAGGCAAGAAGUAUUUGUGCUGAAAGCUGUUGAUAACGACAUUUAUAAUGAAUAUUGUCAUGUUAUGUUUAGAUCACGUUGUUCAUUUCUCUGUGCAGUUUCUUUUCAUCAGUCAAUAAAGGGAAUAAAACUGAU